AUGAGAUAUGAAGUGGUGGGAGAGUCCUGGCACUUGAAAAAGCUAGGCUGGCUUACUGACUUGCCCUCAGCAAAAUUAAGCAGUUACAACAUCACCGUGGUGGAAGGAAAGAACAUCACAUUGUACUGUGAUACUACUGGAGGGCCGCCCCCUAAUGUAUCCUGGGUGCUCACUAAUCUUGUUUCAAAUCAUGAGAGUGACACAAGUAAGAAUCCUGCCUCACUAACCAUAAAGAACGUUUCAUCUGUGGACAGUGGACUGUGGAUUUCUUGCGUAGCAGAGAAUAUUGUGGGAGAGGACCAAGCCUCUGCCGAGCUCACAGUAUUCUUUGCACCAAAUAUCACAUUUAUUGAAUCUCCAACCCCGGACCACCACUGGUGUAUUCCAUUCACUGUGAAAGGGAACCCUAAGCCCACAUUGCAGUGGUUCUAUGAAGGGGCUAUACUGAAUGAGUCUGAAUACAUCUGUACUAAAAUACAUGUUAUCAAUCAAAGUGAAUAUCACGGCUGCCUUCAGCUGGACAACCCUACCCAUCUGAACAAUGGUGCUUAUACCUUACUAGCAAAGAACGAGUAUGGAGAGGAUGAAAAAUGGGUUAAUGCUCAUUUCAUGUCAGUGCCUGGAGAUGAUUAG